GUCUAGGGAAUGGUGAGUAAAGGAAACUUGAAGAAACUUGAAAGAACUUGAAGAAACUAAUAUUUUGUAGUUUUACUUGUUAGAGUAUUAUAUAUAUUAAAUAAAAAUAUAAAGUGCAGAGAAAAAAUACAAAUUAGCAGAUAAAAAAUCUGUGACAAUCCAUCAGUGGUAUACUGUAUAGGCGUCCUUCAUCAAUCAUAAAAAGAUUGUUGUCAAAUCAUUUGUGGCAUUGUUUUUGAAUUAUUGAAUAGUGCAUCAUGGGAAGAGAAUACCAGCGUCAUGUGAAUGAACCUGAAGUACCAAAAACAGAAAUUAUUGAGUCACCAAGAGCUGACAAGGAUGAAAAGAAAUGUUGUGGAGAUGGCUUUAAAGUUAUUGUAGCAGGAUGCAUCAUUUUUGCAUCUGUCAUAGGAAUUGGUUUAGCAGUAGAUAUAUACAGUAGACGCUUGCGUUCUUUAAAUCACUCAUAUGUUGCAAUAACAGAUGCAAAAGAAUGUACUGAUACAGCCAAGUCUGUGCUAAAACAAGGCGGGAAUGCUGUAGAUGCUACAAUUGCUGGAAUAUUUUGUUUGGUUGUGGUUCGGCCUGAUCAAAUAAGUCUUGCUGGUGGUGGUUUUUUAUUGGUCCACAGAAAUGGAAAAACCAAAACUGUCGACUUGCAGGUCACUUCUCCAAAUAGUACAUUAGUUGCAGGAAAGAAGUUGUCUAAAGUUGGUGUUCCAGGACUUAUUACAAGUUUGUGGAAGGUUCAUAAAAAAUAUGGCAGAUUAUCCUGGUCAAAACUAGUAUCACCUGCAAUAAAACUGGCUUCUGGUGGUUUUAAAAUUUUUUCUUCAACAGUGUAUCAUGUUAAUGCCUCUUUCAGUGAUCUUCCAUUAAACAUAAGGGAAUUGUUUACAGUUAAUGGAACCUUAAAGAAGACUGGUGAAACAAUAAAGCUGCCACAGCUAGCAAAGACAUUAAAGAUUAUUAUGCAAAAUGAUUACACAGCAUGGUCUUCUGAGUUUAAUGACAUUUUAGAGGAUUUGGUAUCAACGGUUGUAUCCAGUAACAAUGCAAUGUCUAUGGAAGACUUAAAAUUGUAUGAAGCAAUCUUUAGAAAAGCAUACCCAGUAAAAAUUAGAGAUCAUCAAGUUUUAUGUUCUGCAGUUCCAAGCAGUGGUGUGUUGCUACCAUCUGUUUUAAGCAUUUUGAAUGAGUUACCAAAUAGAAAUAAAACUAUCACAUACGAGUUUAUCAUUGAGUCAUUAAAAGUUGUUUUCGCCAAGAAACACUUGUUACAAGAUCCAGCGUUUGAUCAAACUGCACAGAAUAUAACAUCAAAACUUCUCAGCCCAACUUUUGUAAAAGAGCAAGCAGACAUUAUUUUAAGAAAGUUGAAUCAAACGUCACCAGAUAAAGGCAAUGCUGCGAAGAAUACCGUGAAAAAUGCUGCGAAGAAUACCGUCACAAAAACAUCCUCAGUCAAAAUUGCAGCGAUUGAUCGAGAUGGAGAAGCAGUGUCUCUUGUUAUGUCUCUUGGACAACCGUUUGGUGCUAAACUGAUGACAAAGUCUGGAAUAAUCAUGAACAAUCUUCUGAAUGACGAGGUCUUACUAGAUGGUGAACGACCGGUUUCUUCAAUGGCACCAACUUUAAUCUUCCAGCAAAAGAAGGAUGUUACAAAAAGUUAUGCAAUAGUUGCGUCGGCAGAUAAACCAGGAUUAGCUGCUAUGGCGCAAGUGAUAAUGGAAAUGCUUGAAAACAACAUAGAAGCCAAGAAAGCUGUACAGACUCCACGUGUUUACCCUGAUGUAGAAAGUGGAAACUUACUUCUAGAGGAGAAACGUUUCGCAAAAUUUGGUUUGGAUGGAAUCACUCGUCAUUUGAAGAUGCGAUAUCCCGACCAUAUAGCUGCACAUAAUAUCGGUGCCGUUAAUAUCGCUUUCAAAGAAUCAGCUUCAACAAAUGUGAUAAAAGAUAAGAGAGGUUUUCAGUAAUAUUUGUUUAUAUGUUUAUUAUUUUCUAUUUAUACUUUUACAUAUUCUUAUUGUUUAUCAUAAAAGUGUAAAACGAAAGUUUUUUAUUUUGUAUUACGGCAAAAGUUUGGCUUAUCGUUAAGCGUCUACAGUUAAGCUGUUUGUUUCGCGUAAGAAAAUUAGCACAACCAAUUAAAUUUCUCGCGUAUUAUUUUUCGCGCACUUGCAAUGUCAACGUAUUUCUCUCGUGUUAUAUAUGUAUAAAUGUGUUCCCCAAACAAUUAAGAAGAAAAAAAGGUAGAAUGCAGGGUUUUAGACGAAAUAUGGAUUCGCUUGGAGCACCUUUAAAUAGUCAGUUUUCUUUCUCAAAAUAAUUAGCUUUUUUCGCGCGUACUAAUUUUUUACGCAAGAUGUUUCCGCUCACGAUAUUUUCGCUAACACUUUCUGUACCAAAUUUCGUGCACGCACAAAUUUUCUUCCCACUGCGCGAAAAUUUGUACAAAGGCAUCAGAAUCAGAAGAUUGGUUAUUGAAGUGUUGUUUGAUAAUCACUUAUGCCAAAAUUUUUUUCGAUAGUCUUCAUAAAUUUUUGUAUUGGUAGUCCUUAUAAAGAUUUUUUUGAGAUACAUGUUUUUCCGGCUCAAAGAAUGUACUCUUUAAUCUUCAAGUUUUAUUUGCAUGGUAGUAAUCAGCAUGUAAAAAUAAUUUAUUAGAUUAAGCCCAAAAGAAUUCCCGUUUAUAAACUAGGUCACAUGACUUUAGGUGCACGUGAUAAAAUGCAGAAGAUAAUGUUUAGCACAGCCAGAAUAUCAAUGUUGUAUUUUACUGGAGUCAAAUAUUAGCCUUGUGGCAACAUUACUAGCUACUAUUUUGACCAAUACCCUCCCAAAAGUUUCCCCUAGAAUGGUUCUUAACUAUUUUUUGUUUUUGUAAUUUUUUAUUAUAUACUUAAUGUAAUAUAUAUGUUCUGCUCAGAAAAA